AUGGCAGAGAGCGUGAAGAAGUUGGCCCAAAGCGAAUCUUUUCAAGGGUUGCAGGAAAAAGUCACCUACUGGGUUAGUGACUACAAGUCAAACACCUGUGAUCAAAAUCUAAAUUACUGCAUCGAACUCAUCGAACAAGUUGCCAAAGUGCAGGCACAACUCUUUGGGAUCCUCACAGUGACAGCUCAAGAAGGGGGACAUAAUGAAGGCGUGGAAACGAUCAAGAGUCGCCUUUUGCCUUUGCUGCAGACUUCCUUCAGUUCUUUAAACAUGGGAAAAAUUAUGGAUACUGAGAUCCAUCCUAUACAGGAUUUCAGUCCUAAAGGCAAAAACAAAGACAAUGCCCUGGAUCAGGACCAACAGCAAUCAGACACUGAAUCCAUCCCAGAGAAUCAACCAAACCAGGUUCAAGACGAUCUGGCUGAAAGUGGAAAGAGACUUGAAGGAGCCAAGAAUGGAUCAACCAUAUCCCUCCUGGCUGCAGAGGAGGAGAUAAAUCAGCUAAAAAAGCAGCUCAAAUCUCUUCAAGCCCAGGAGGAUGCGCGCCACAAAACCACUAAAAGUGAACACCGAGCUUCAAGAAAACGGACCGCAGACCAACGGCCCCAAGAGGCGGUGUCCAACUAUGAGAAACAUCUGCAAAAUCUCAAGGACGAGAUCGCUGUCUUGUCUGCUGAAAAAAGCGGUCUCCAGGGAAGCCACAGGUCGGCCAGGAGCCGGUCUCCUAGCCCAGGCACCCGUGGGCGUGGGCGCGGGCGAGGGCGCGGCCGCAGUCACAGCCACAGCCGCAGCCACAGCCGCAGUCGUAGCCGCAGCCACAGUCACAGUCACAGUCACAGCCAGAGCCGGUCCAAUAGCCCCUGCACCACAGUGGCCAAGAUCAGAAGCCCGUCCCCAAACCAUUCCAAAAUGUCCAGCGUGGCUCGCAAAGCUGCUCUCCUGUCCCGAUUCAGCGACGCCUAUUCCCAGGCCCGCCUGGAUGCGCAGUGCUUGCUGAGGCGUUGCAUCGACAGGGCCGAGACCGUGCAGCGGAUCAUUUACAUCGCCACAGUGGAGGCAUUUCAUGUGGCUAAAAUGGCAUUCAGGCAUUUCAAGAUCCGGGUGAGGAAGAUGCUGACGCCAUCAAACGUGGGAUCCAAUGACUUUGAGACUACAGUCUCCGAAUAUAUUGUUUGUCAUCUGGACCUCUAUGACUCUCAAAGCAGUGUCAGUGAUGUGAUCCGUGCCAUGAACGUCAACCCCAAGAUCUCGUUCCCGCCGGAAGUUGACUUCUGCCUCCUCACUGAGUUCAUCCAGGAGAUUUGCUGCAUUGCUUUUGCGAUGCAGUCCUUAGACCCGCCCCUGGAUAUCGCAUUUGGGGCAGAUGGAGAAGUCUUUAACGAUUGCAAGUACCGCCGCAGCUAUGACUCGGACUUCACUGCUCCCUUGGUCUUUUAUCACGUGUGGCCUGCUCUCAUGGAGCAUGACUGUGUCAUUAUGAAGGGAGAAGCUGUCACCAAGAGAGGGGCUUUUUGGAGCUCUGUGCGACCAGUAAUGCGAUGCCGUAGCAGGAGUUUAAGCCCCAUCUGUCCUCGUGGUCGUUUUGGAAUAAGCACGGUACAUUCCUGUGUAACCAUUCCUGCAGACAACCUCGUAUCUCGCAGUCGAAGCCCUUCUCCAAUAAGAUGUACGUUCGCAAGGUAUUAA